CCAGUCCAGUUAGUCUUCUCUCUUUGAUACUAAAUUGUAAGUAGAGAAGACAAAAUAUGCUAGAUGGAGGGAAAUGAAAACUAAGUUUGAGAUUACAUACAGCAACUACUGUGCUAGCAUUAAAAAAAAGCAAAAGCUGAACAAGUUAAAAAAUCCUUAGCUAACACACACAGAAUUAGGUAGCUAGUUCCAAUGGGGGAAGGAGAAGAUAAGCAAAAUGGAAAAGGGUCUCCCAGUCUAGCGAGGGACCUGUGUUUAAUAUCAACCAAAGUAGUUUAUAUGUACCAAGCAAGUCUCCAGAUGGAAGCUGUGCUUUCUCUGCCAAGACAGUUCUCUAGGGCAACAUUGGAUGAGGUCUUCUCAAAUAAAUAGAUGUGAAAUGCUCUGGGGGGCUUGGGGAGCUCAGAAAUCAAACUCCCCUUCCACUCCCUUUGUAAAUGAACUCGAUAUUUUAACUCCCCUUCUCUUGUACUUUUUCUGGCACAAGAACCCCAAAUACAACACAACACAUCCAUCCAUCUCCCAAGAAGAAAAAACAGUGAAUUUCAUAUCAGAUGCUUUGCGUCAAGGCUGCUAAGGCUCAUAAAUCAGCUGUCUGAUUGCCCUGGUCAUUUCAACUAAUGUCUGACCCUUUUGUUAACUCAUGAUUUAUAACUGGAAGUUACUUUUUUUUUAAUGCCAGAUUUAUAAACUUUACUGUGCUUGGUUUGAUAUAAUAUCCAUUUUGUACACCAAGCUAUAAGACAGUAAAUUUAUUGUCUAUGAACUGUUACCUUGAAAAAUUACAUCAAUGCAAAGUGGUUUCCAUUUAGAAUCAAUGGGCAAUAAAUUCAUUGGAUUUUUUUUUUCUGAAGGGGGGAGAGAACAUGAUGAUAUUUAUGAGGUCAUGAGCAGCUAUAUAACGGUGAAACUGGGAGCAGAGGCAACAGACAGGAGUUUGGAGAUACAGGGGUAGGCAAAGACGAGAUCCAUUCAACACAGCAACAAUGCAUAAGCUGGUAUUCUGCUGUCUCAUUAUUAUUGGCUUCUCCUGUCCUCUCUCAUCUCUCCCCAUCAUCAAUGCCAGUGAGAUGUCGUAUCAACUCUCAGCAGAUGAAGAUCCAAGAUUAAACCUGGAGAGGCUGGGCAGCCUAGGAAGCACUUCCCUGCUUCAGUUCCUGCCAGAGCUCUUGGGCACACUGACUGAAGACAAUAAAGGAGGUCUUAGCCCCAGUAGCUACAACCCAAGGGAAAAUACCAAAGAGACUUCCUAUGGAAAUCACCCUCGAAUUGCUUUGCUGGGCCGCUUCUUGACCAAGGAUAGGAAACAGUACAAGAAACGUGGGAAUCUUUCCGAGUGCUUCUGGAAAUAUUGUGUGUAAGCAGGAGAAGAAAGUCCCCCUGACUUUGGUUGCAUAAUUUAUACAGAUGUCUGAAAACAUGUUUAUAGAUUUGCUUUUGAUUUAAAAUGAGAAUGAAGAAACAUGAAGACAGCUCCUAACUUUACAUUCUAUGCUACUUGGAAAUUAAUAAAUUCUUGAUGUUUUGCAAUGA